AUGACGGAUGCUUUUCAACAACUCCCAGAAGAGCUGGAGCUCGCCACUUCUGCUCAUGUCAAAUACAUACAAAGCCUCAAUACGAGACAAGACGAGUAUGACUACUGGCUAACAGAACACCUGCGACUCAACGGUGUGUAUUGGGGUUUGACAGCCUUACACCUUCUCGGCGUACCCGAAGGCCUUCCACGCUCUGAGACCAUCGACUUUGUACUAUCAUGCCAACACGAAGACGGAGGCUUCGGUGCCGCCCCCGGUCACGAUGCACACAUGCUCUCUACCGUUAGCGCUGUGCAGAUCCUCGCCAUGGUAGAUGCCUUUGACGAGCUGGAGACUCGAGGGAAGGGGAAGGCGCUUGUAGGGAAAUACAUUGCCAACCUUCAGAACCGGCAGACUGGAACGUUUGCUGGUGACGAGUGGGGUGAAGAAGAUACUCGGUUUCUGUACGGUGCUUUCAACGCCUUGUCGCUUCUUGGCCUCAUGGACUUGAUUGAUGUCGACAAAGCCGUUGACUAUGUAGCGGCAUGUGCCAACUUUGACGGAGGUUACGGUGUCAGUCCCGGUGCUGAGUCCCACUCAGGGCAAAUAUUCACCUGUGUGGCCAGCUUAACGAUCGCCAAGAGACAGGAUCUUAUCGAUAAGGAGCGGUUAGGAAAGUGGCUGAGUGAGAGACAGCUCGCCAACGGUGGUCUGAACGGUCGACCAGAGAAGAAGGAGGAUGUCUGCUACAGCUGGUGGGUCCUGAGCAGUCUGGAAAUGAUUGGCAAGACACACUGGAUCGAUCGGGACAGGCUCAUCAACUUCAUCCUUCAAUGUCAAGACACUGAGAAGGGCGGUAUCUCGGACCGACCAGGUGACAUGGUGGAUGUCUGGCAUACGCUGUUUGGCAUCACCGGGCUAAGCCUGUUGGACUACCCCGGCCUGGAGUUUGUCGACGAGGUCUACUGCUUGCCCAAAUCGACCAUCACAAGAAUCUUCGGUCCAUGA